UAUUUGGCGCGUCAAGGUGUAGGGCUCAUAUUUAUGGAAAAGAAAAAAUUGGCCUAAAUUACGUGUAAACAUUAUAUGGCUUCGAUAAAAAAUAUUAAAAAUCUGAAAAUUGUAUCCAAAGCGAUCUGAAACUUCACUUAACUGACAGACAAAGUUUUUUCGUAAUGUACGGGUUCGUCAAUUACGCGCUUGAGCUGCUGGUGACAAAGACAUUCGGCAAGGAGACAUGGGAGACUAUCAAGAAAAAGGCUGAAGUCUCGAUGGAAGGCAGUUUCUUGGUGCGUCAGAUUUACGAGGACGAGAUAACAUACAACCUGAUUACUGCAGCCGUUGAAGUUCUGCAAAUACCAGCCGAUUCGAUUCUGGAAUUAUUCGGGAAGACGUUCUUCGAGUUUUGCCAGGACUCUGGAUAUGAUAAGAUCCUGCAGGUUUUAGGAGCGACGCCGAGGGACUUCUUACAGAAUCUUGAUGGACUCCACGAUCACCUGGGUACCCUGUACCCAGGCAUGCGCUCUCCUUCAUUCCGUUGCACGGAGCGACCUGAAGAUGGCGCCCUCAUCCUCCACUACUAUUCUGAUAGGCCUGGCUUAGAGCAUAUCGUCAUUGGGAUUGUCAAGACUGUAGCCAGUAAACUCCACGAUACGGAGGUGAAGGUGGAACUCUUGAAAUCGAAAGAUGAAUGUGAUCACGUGCAGUUCCUCAUCACGGAGACUUCCACUACGGGCCGCGUGUCCGCUCCAGAGAUUGCUGAGAUUGAGACUCUGUCUUUAGAGCCGAAAGUGAGUCCGGCGACAUUCUGCCGCGUGUUCCCGUUCCACCUGAUGUUCGACCGGGAGCUCAACAUCGUGCAAGCGGGACGCACUGUCUCCCGUCUCCUGCCGAAGGUCACCAGGCCUGGCUGCAAGAUCACCGACGUUUUGGAUACCGUGCGUCCCCACUUGGAGAUGACGUUCGCCAACGUGCUGGCGCACAUCAACACGGUGUACGUACUGAAGACCAAGUCUGAGGAGAUGAGUGUGCACCACAAGCAUGAUGAUAUCGCUCCAUUGCGUUUGAAGGGACAAAUGUUGUACAUUCCAGAAACUGAUGUGGUUGUAUUCCAGUGCUACCCUAGCGUUACUAACCUCGACGAUUUGACUCGACGCGGGCUGUGCAUCUCCGACAUCCCGCUGCACGACGCGACGCGCGACCUCGUGCUGAUGUCGGAGCAGUUCGAGGCGGACUACAAGCUCACGCAGAGCCUCGAGGUGUUGACCGACAAGCUGCAGCAGACCUUCCGCGACCUCGACUCCGAGAAGAAGAAGACCGAUCGGCUCUUGUAUUCAGUGUUGCCAAUCAGCGUAGCCACAGAACUCCGCCACAAGCGGCCGGUGCAAGCGCGGCGUUACGACCCUGUCACUCUGCUGUUCAGCGGCAUAGUCGGCUUCGCCAACUACUGCGCCCGCAACACCGACCAUAAAGGCGCUAUGAAGAUCGUCAGGAUGCUUAACGAUCUGUAUACUGCGUUUGAUGUCCUCACUGAUCCCAAAAGAAGCCCUGAUGUAUACAAAGUGGAGACGGUGGGAGACAAGUACAUGGCGGUGUCGGGGCUGCCGGAGUACAAGCGGGCGCACGCGCGGCACAUCUGUCUGCUGGCGCUCGACAUGCUGGAUCUCUCGCAGACCGUCACCGUGGACGGGGAGCCCGUGGGCAUCACCAUAGGCAUUCACUCAGGUGAAGUGGUCACCGGUGUGAUUGGUCACCGCAUGCCGCGCUACUGCCUGUUCGGGAACACCGUCAACCUGACCAGCCGCUGUGAGACUACUGGAGUGCCCGGAACUAUUAACGUCAGCGAGGACACUUAUAGUUACCUCAUCAACGAAACCAAUUACGACGAACAGUUUGAGCUGACGUAUCGCGGCCAUGUCUCCAUGAAGGGCAAGGCAGAACCCAUGCAGACCUGGUUUUUGACUAGGAAAACCUAAACGCAUUUCAAUGUUGUAUUUUCUGUGUCAGCCAAUUCGUGUUUCAACCAAAGAUUCAUGGUUUUUAUAGAAGUACUGUCACGCCUAUUCUUCUUCAAAUUCUUUAUCUUCAGGAUCCAUUAUAACUUAUUGAUGUUAAAAAUGUACUGCUAAUCUACUGACGACUUUCUAAGCGCAGAUUAUAUAAUUAUGUAGAUUUUUGGCAGGCAAAAAAUUAAUUUAAACACAAGGUCACUAUGUCACGAAGGUCCGCUGUCUGGAGGCCCUAAGUUCGAUUCUUAGCGUGGGCAAAUAUUUGUAGAAUUUUAGCUAAAUAUUUAGUGUUGUUCAGUAUUCUAUUAAAGUAUGUUUAUCUAUUCUAUCGUUAUAUUUUGUAGUUGACAACACUAUGAAAGAAACUUGUUUUUUUUUAUUCAUUAGUCAUAGAAAUAAAUGUUAAUAUUUUGUCUACUACAUCCUUUAUGCUGUAUGCGUCUGACUGCAAAAUAGAAAACUUUUUUCAUUUUUUGAAAUUGUAAACUUCAGUGUAAUAAAUGUGGACUCAAUUAUAAAAUAGCUAAUUGUAAUUGAUGUAAUUAAAUGUUUCGUAUAGUGAGCUUUUACCAAAGAUUUAUAUGUAUGUUGUAAAAUGAUUUGCAAAUUUUGUAUACGUCAUACUUUUUGAGUGUAAUUUAUAAGUCAUUUCUAUUCUAAUGAAACAAAAUACACAUUCCUUCGAUAAUUAACUUAAUAUCCUUUAUUUGGAGACUUAACAUUUUCGAACUAGAAUCUAAAUUAUAAUGUAAUAUUUUUUAUUGAUGUUUGUUUAAUAAGUCUUGUUUUAGUAUAAAAUUUAUUUUAUAGUUUAUCAACCUAUAAAUUUAUAUUGAAUGUUAAUAUAUAAACAUUGUUUAUAUGUUUAUUAAAUAUUUGACGUUAAAAAACUUCUAGUCGCUUUAACUAUUGAUUUAA